GCAAUGUCUACAGAAACCGUCCUAACACAUGUAGCCCCUGCUUGGACCAGUUCAGGGAAUUUCACCACAUUAUGUCCUAAUGGGACAAAAUGGGUUUGGGAUAUCAUUGGGGAGUGUGCUGACGAUGAAAGGGACAUGGCCAGCAUCUACCUUGGCCUGCUGUCUAUUCUGUGCUUCAUGGUGUCAUCUUUCCCACAAUACUACCAAUCCUGUAAAACUGGGAAUAUGGACAGUGCGCUCUCCAUCUGGUUCCUGCUUUUGUGGCUGGGAGGGGACACCUGUAACUUGGUCGGCUCCUACUUAGCAGAUCAACUGCCUCUUCAGACGUAUACUGCAGUUUAUUACGUUACAGCAGACCUGAUCAUGUUGGGCAUGUACACCUACUAUAAGUUAAGGAAUAAAACACAUGACCAUCGGACCAUUGUCCAUGUUGUGGGUGUGGCCUGUGUCAUAGGCUUGUCUGGCAAUUUCUUUCAUGUCCCAUCUCUGGACACCAAACAGGGAGUGGACGUGUCUGUGGUCAGAAGCCGUACUUUGCUCACAGUCUCUGAAAGUGGUCUUGUGCGGGCUUUUACAACCAAAGAAAUAAUUGGUUUCACUAUUGGGUCUGUGUCAUCAGUGCUUUACCUAUGCUCCAGACUUCCCCAAAUGUACACUAAUUUUAAGAGAAAGUCAACCGAGGGAGUUUCUUACUUCCUGUUUGCACUGGUCAUCCUCGGGAACACUAUGUAUGGGCUGAGUGUCCUGCUGAAAAACCCGGAUGGAGGUCAGGGCGAGAGCAGCUACAUGAUCCACCAUCUGCCCUGGCUCAUCGGCAGUCUCGGCACUCUCUCUUUGGACAUCAUUAUCUCCAUCCAGUUCUUUAUUUACCGAAAAAAUUCACCGCAGCAGUUGAACAACUUGGAAGAGACGUCACCAUUAUUGAGAAGCUAAGGCUAAGUUCAGUGUCACUUUAUUUUAGGAUUUACCAUGUAUUUUAUUUAUUUUUUGUAAUGUGUAAAAUGGAUAUUGUUCUACCUCCUAAAUUCUACAGUUAUAGAAAUGUGCCAUUGCCCCAUUGCUUAUUGACGCACAGUUAAAGAAGGGAUGAUUGAAUCAGUAGCACUCUCAACACACACUGUAAAUGUUGCAUUCCCAGAUUUCAUCUUGUGCAGAUGAGUUGGCAGUGCUUUUGUUGCUAUACUAUUCCUCUAAUCCAUUUGCCAGGCUUGGUUAUGGCAAUGGUUACAGUGUGCAAUAUCUUACUUUAAAAUAGGACAUGUUCUAUAGAGAAAUGCUACACUGUUUAUCUGCAUGUAUCGUUAAGCAUAAUGCAUUUCCUGUGUUGGCUAUGAUGGCCAAGUUUUUUGUUUUUUUUUAAUCACAUUUUGAAAUAAGUGGUGCUUUUAUACAAAAAAAGAUAAUUGUACUUUUUAUGGUCAGUGGAAUUGUUGAAAUUAAAUGAUUGA